UUAAACGUUGCGUUUCAGCUGCGGUCUCCCUGGCGACAUGCAGGAUGAUGACCCAGUGACACUCCCAGGGAUACGCUUUGACUCUCCAGACCGAGAAAAUACAAUAGUGCCCCCCUUUCGUCUUAAACGCUUUUCUCCUACGUCCCCCGUUUAGCGUGCUAGUAAGCUAGCCUGCUAGCUCCUAGCGCUGCACAGCACAGGUCUCCUCCUCCUCCUCCUCCUGGCUGCUACUCGUCUUUCCCUCAAGAGCUGGGCGACAAGCGAAGACAGGAGCUCGUCGACAAAAGCAAGAUAAAAAGUGGGUGAGAUUACUCCCAACAAACAGGCAUCCGUGAUCUGAUGUGAGAUCCACGGAGAGACUAUGCCUAGCCCUUUAUUCCACCCCGAGAUUAUGGACCACGACGUGGUGAUCAGCAGCCAGCACAGCGGAGUCGGUCUGCCCCGAGAAACGGACCAGGAGUCCCGGGAAGAGGACCACCAAGAGGCUCUCCGCUUCGCCCUGGACCAGCUGUCACUCAUGGCCCUGGAGAAGGUAGAAUGUGGGGGUGGCGGUGGUAGCGGAGGCGGCGGGCUGGUCGACACAUUGGAUGGGACACAGGGUCCGGGCUCUGAGAGCUGCAACGGUGUGGGUGGAGGGGGAUACGUGGACCUACAGAUGCUUGAACAUCCCAGCGGUUCCCGGGAUUCGCCGACAUCCUGCUCUCCAUCCCCGGAAUACUACGGCUCGGGUGGGUACCACAUGGCCGGCUCGCACCCCAUGCUCCACGGGGAACAAAGCUCCGUCCUCUGCAGCAGGAAGAGAAGUGUCAACAUGACAGAAUGUGUGCCUGUGCCGAGCUCUGAACAUGUGGCCGAGAUCGUAGGGAGACAAGGUUGUAAGAUCAAGGCCUUGCGUGCCAAAACAAAUACCUAUAUAAAGACUCCAGUGAGGGGCGAGGACCCUGUGUUUAUAGUGACAGGUCGCAGGGAGGAUGUAGAGAUGGCCAAACGUGAAAUUGUCUCUGCGGCUGAGCAUUUCUCUAUGAUCCGGGCAUCUCGCUGCAAAGCAGGAGGACCUGGAGGAGGCGGCUCUCUUCCUGGACCACCACACCUCCCCGGACAGACCACCAUACAGGUGAGGGUGCCCUACAGAGUGGUUGGUUUAGUUGUUGGACCAAAGGGGGCAACUAUCAAGCGCAUCCAGCAGCAGACUCACACCUACAUUGUGACACCCAGUCGAGAGAAAGACCCAGUGUUUGAGGUGACUGGGAUGCCGGAAAACGUGGACCGAGCGAGAGAGGAGAUUGAGACCCACAUCACACUGCGAACUGGAACCUUUGUGGACCUGCAGGGAGACAAUGACUUCCACACCAAUGGCACUGAUGUCAGUCUGGAAGGCCUAGGUUCCCUGAGUGGAGGGCUGGGGGCAUCUCUGUGGUCCAGGGCUACCAGCCACCAUUCUGCCCCCCCUCCUCCUCCACCUUCCCCUCCUCCCACUCUUCCCAUGUCCAUGCACCACUCGUCCAGCCGGAAGAUGUCCUCUUCAGUCCCAUAUCACACGCACAAUGGUGGGAUGAGCUCUGACAGCUUCAGCACCACUCGCAAGGCCAAUGAGGGAGGCAGCCCCACUAGUCCUUUUAGCACAGGCUCCAGCAGUGCUGGGGCAGGAUUCACUUUUGGUGGUGACUCCACCCCAGGGCUGCCGUCCUCAGAGGAACUAGGCUUUGAGUUCAGUGCUUCCAACAUCUGGGCACCUUUCAUCAAUGGCGGAGCAGGCAGUAAGACGGCCAGCUCCUCGCAGCAGCAGCCUCUACGUCGUAACAGCAGUGGCCUCAGCGGUGGUGCCAUCACUCCACGAUUGUCUCCAACUCUGCCUCAGGACACGGGUGUGGGACCCCUGGAUCACCCACUAGCUCGUCGUGCACAGAGCGACCCCCUUAGCACUCUCUCCUGGCUACAGUCUGGCAGUGCAGGAAGUGGUUCCUUCUCUGGAGCGUCCAGCUCCAGCUCUGGUGGCUCGUCGACCGGUUACUCCUCCUGCUCGGCCUCCUCCCUUCCCGGUGGCUCUCCCACCGACUCCGAGGGAGGCAGCAGUGGCGUGGGCAUCAGCUCUGGGAUGCUGAGCCGUCUGAAAAGUGGCUCUGGCCCCGGGGUUGCCGCCCUGGUCGGUGUCAGCCCUGGGGUCAACAGGGACUGCUUUGUGUGUUUUGAGAGUGAGGUGACAGCAGCCCUGGUGCCUUGUGGCCACAACCUGUUCUGUAUGGAGUGUGCCGGGCAAAUCUGCCAGUCAGCUGAGCCAGAGUGCCCCGUGUGCCACACCCCCACCACACAGUGCAUCCGCAUCUUCUGCUAAUGCCCCAGGUACGGGGUAGGGGGUGAAAUAUAAAGAAGGGACAGGAAGAAGACUGAAGUGGGGCACCAGCUGUGGCAGAGGAUUCACACUAAAAACCUACACACACAAUGGACCAGAAUACAUGCAUUAAUAGAGAUGGUGAUGAUACUUGUUGAUUUAUUGCUGGUAACUGUUAAGAUUAAUAAUAAUAAUAAUAAUGACAA